AUCACUAUGGAAAUUUUCUAUUUUACUUGAAUCUGUUGCCAUUGUACCACAAUUAUAUUUACUUAAAAAACAAGGUGUAAUUGAUUUAUCAAUGAGCUAUUAUUUAUUAACAUUGGGUUCCUAUCGUACAUUAUACAUAUUUAAUUGGUUAUAUCGUUAUCAAACAGAGGGUUAUUGGAAUUCAUUAAGUUUUUUAUGUGGAUGCCUACAAACAAUGAUAUAUUUACACUUUUUUAUUUAUAAUUAUCCAAAAUUGAGCAAAAAAUUUUACUAA